AAACAAAGACAGUUUACCUCCAGAUUUAUACUGACUUCUGUCUGCCCUGUUUUCAAACAAUCAAAUCUGAUAGGUCGCAGAAGUCAAAUUUCAUGCGGAGGAUUUUCAGAGACAGAGUUGAAGAAAUUUUUGGGGCUAACUUCGCCGAAAAACAAUCGCUAAAAAUGGCUGAUUUCAUGGGAACUUUCGCGGCAAAUUUCGUUAGAAAUCAAUCGAGUUUGUGCUGAUUUGAUGAGCGUGUUUGAUGUUUUUAACAGAGAUAAUCAUUUGCUAUUCUAACAACAAAGCCCUUGAGAAAUGAGCCAAUGGCAAAGCUUUUAAGAUCUUGACUAGUGUCCAGUUUUUCGCAACAUAAUUUCGCCUGGAAGUUUUGUGACAUUGUUUGCUUGUUGUAGUGAUGAAGUUUCAAAUAUGUUGUAUCUACAUGCAUUUGAUAAGAUUUCUAGCGAAUUUUGUGGUAUUUCACAUGUUUUUGUCAAUUUCGCGGCUGCACAACCGUGCUAAAUUUCAGAAGCCCUGAUACUAUGAGUUGCAUCAUUUACAUUAUACAAACUGACAACUAAAAAUUUGCAUCUGGUGACUAUUUCUCCCGUUGGUCGCCAAAAGGCUACCUGAGGAUAUUUUUAAUUUUGAGCCCUGUUUGAGUUGCUUUGUUGUGCUUCAUCUUCCUUAACUUCCUUGUCAUAAUGCCGUUUCUUCUUAGGAGUAUCGCAUUCCCGAAAAAAGAGUCUAUCCUCUUCGUGGUGAUCAUGACGUUACAAGAUGACAGCCUGCCCACUAGUGUUCAGUCCUCCUACCAGUCCUACUCACCACAAAAUGGAGUUAUCGUUUGCUAAAUGUAAGAUAAGUUUGUUAAUUUAUUUUUCUCUAUCGCGGUAAACUAAAACUGAUUUUUUUCCUUAGUUUGUCUACCUCGACUAGCCAGUGGUCAGUUUAAUAAAACUUUUACACUUGACGAGGUGACACAUGACCUCAUUUAAAGUCGGAUUUAGAUGAGCUGGAGAGAUAAAUACACCUUCUUCCUAAAUGGGAGUCAAAUCGCCAAUGUCACAGAAUACUCUUAUCUGGGCAUAACAUUUAAUUCAGAUGGAAGUUUCUCAGCUUCCAAAGAAUAAUCUGCAAAGAAAACAAGAAGAUCAAUAUUUAGUGUUAAACGCUGUCUUGAUUUUAAUAAGCUUCCAGUGGUUAUAUGCACUAAACUAUUGGAUGCUCUUUUUCUUCCUAUCUUACUAUGCAGUUCUGAGGUAUGGGGUGCUUAUGAUAGAACUGAUGCUAAGAAAGGGGAAAAAGACCCCAUUGAAAAAAUUCACACCCAAUUUUACAACCAUUUUAUCAGCCUAAAUAAAAGAGCUACCCUGGUACAAACAUUAGAUCUUGUAAUGAAGCAGAAAGACUAUCACUUAAAUCUCACAUUAAUAUAAAUGUCAUAAAAUUUUGUUGACAUCUUGUUAAUCUACCCUGAUACUAGUUUUGCAAAGCAAUGCCUUUUACUUUCAAAUCAACUAGCAAUCAAUGGAAAACUGUCUUUCAUGCUGCUUUUUCACAACAUCAUGAAACUAUGCAUGUGCCCUUGAACAUAAAAUGAAUUAUGAUAUGAAUUUAAUCCAGUCAUGGCUGUCAGCAAACAAAUUAACUUUAAAUGUUAAGAAGACUAAAUACAUGCUUAUAGGGAGCCAAUUUAAGUUAUCCCAAAUAAAUAGUGACUUCACAGUCAAAGUCAAUAAUACACCCUUAGAAAGAGUAAUUAAACAUAAAUCCCUUGGAGUUCAAAUUGAUGAAUCUUUGAACUGGCGCCCACACAUUCAUACCAUUUCAAAGAAAAUAUCCGCUGGUAUUGCUAUCUUAAGGCGUGUAAGUCAUUUUAUACCAUUUGAUACUAGAGUGAACAUGUACAAUGCACUGGUAAUGCCAUAUUUUAAUUACUGUGGUGCCGUUUGGGGUAAUAUCAAUAAGGGACUAGCAGACAAACUUCAAAAGCUGCAGAAUAGGGCUGCUAGAAUUCUCACCUUUUCUAACUAUGACGUUCGCUCAAGUGUUUUGUUGGAUGAGCUUGGCUGGGAAAGGCUAGAAUAUGCAAGACUUAAACAGUUGGCUGUGACAAUGUAUAAAAUCCAUAAUAAUCUUUCCCCAUCGUAUCUGAGGCGGAUCUUUACCAACACCUCAAAUGUACAUUCACACAAUCUUAGAAAUUCUGAGUUAAAUUAUUAUGUCCCCAGACCCAAAACUGAGUCUGCAAAAAGGAGCCUACACUACAGAGGAUCUGUUCUGUGGAACAAGAUUCCCUCAGAGAUUAGAAAACUGCCUAGUUUAAAUGUUUUUAAAACUUCAAUUCAUGGGAAAGAUUUUUCUAAUACACCAUGACCCAUUGUAACUCUUAUUAUUCAUAAUGUAAGUUUUUGUAUUUUUAACAUUAUAGUCAAUAGUUCCUUAGUCUUUUAGUCUUAGUAUUUUAGUCUAGUUUUAAACAAGAUUCCUAGGAAGACCAUGUAAAAUGAUACGAUUUCGUGUAUAAAUGAAGAUUGAUGAUGAUGAUGAUGAUGAUGAUGCUGUAGCACUAGUAUUCUUGUAGAGCCAAAAUUGGUUAACUCAAAGCUGUCAUAAAAAACAGGCUAUCAUAGAUUACUUCAAAAAGGAUCAAAUGAACAUGUUGCGAUCUUACAAAAAAUGAAUAUCUAUUCCACUUUUAAGACUAACGUCAGUAGAUCUAAAUCUUUAGACCUUAUUAAAAAUGAACAACAUCACCAGGCAGUAGCAAAAUUACGAUCAAGUAAUUACAAGUUAAGAAUUGAAACUGAUAGAUACCAUCUUCCUAAAAUUCCUGAGAAUCUAAGGAUAUGUCAACUUUGCGCGUGGAAUAAAGUAGAGAAUGAAAUUCAUUUUUUAUUUGAAUGCUACUUAUAUAAAAAUUUAAGACAACACUUUUCUCUUUAGUGUCCACAAUUAGUUUUUAGCUAAAUACCUUGACACUUUAAUAAAGUUUAUGUAUUAAUUUUAUGUGUGUAUGUAAGACGUAGAAGCCAAAUACUCCAAAUUCGUAGAGUUGAACAAAUCAGAAAAAGUUAUAUUUUUUUAACAAUAUCAAUCCAUAUGUUUGUAAACAACUGGGCUACUAUGUCUAUGAAGCAUUUCAACUUAGAGAAUUUUAUUCCAUAAAACAAAAGCAUGGGAAAUAGAGAUUUCUAAUUAUAACUUUUAAUUAAAUACUAUCUGUUUAUUUGAUUAUUUUCUAUCGAAAUUCAUUGUAUCGCGCUGUGCGUUUUGUAAACUUCAAAGGAAUUUUGGCUUUUUCUGUUCCAUCAAUCAUCUUGGCGGACCUCUUAGGAAACAAUGUUUACUUGUACAAGUUCAAAAGGCCAUGGUUUGUGAUUCGUGAUUGGUGCAUUUCGAUCCGUUUUGUUUGUUUCAUGUUUCAAGAUUUGUUGCUUUGUGAUCGUCCUGUUUCGGGCAAUAAUUGACGAGUUAAGUUUGCUUAGCAGAUUUUUCUGCUCUUUCUUAUUCUUGUCACUUGCAAGAAUAAAGCAACCUCUGCCUGCUUCCUUUGACAAAAAAUCCACUCACCAUUGUGAUUCCUUUUCUAUUCUUGAGCAGUGUAGGGUCAUUCUCAGUCGAACUGGGCGAGUACGUUACAUCGUGAUUUGCAUUAACCCUGCCUUCACUGAAAUGAUUGACAGAACAGAAAAACCCAAGUUUGCAAUGCACACAGCUUGAUACAAUGAAUUUCACUGUAAAUAUAAUUAAAUUUAUAAUUGCGAUCGAGGUACAAGAACGCAACCCCUAAGUUGUGUUGGGUGUUCUGUGCAUUAUUGGGUGUCCUGUGCAAUUAAUAAGGGAGGUUUUUUGAGAUUGCAUUUUCGUCGUCAACACACAUUUACCUCGCUUUGAGGCGCUUGCUUAUGUUUUGCCUCACUUUGACGCGCUAACUCGACAUGUGGUGAUUCUUUUGUCCUUGGCGCUCAUCUUUCAAAGGUUUGCUGAGGUCUGCUAUUCUGUCUUCGUAAAGCGUUCAUCUUUUAAAAAGUUUGUGGAAUCUUCGUAAUGCGUACAUUGAACUGUGUUUGCUGAAUCGUCCAAAGCGUUCAUCUUUCGGAAGUUUGCUGUUAAAUUUUACUUUGGAUUAAGCCUUCAUAUUUUUCAGCUUGGUUCGUCACUGUCUUUGCAAAAUGUAUGCAACUACUGGUGCAUGCAUCAAACCAAAAUUAGUUUGUUGUGCCACAAAGUAAAUUUACCGAGUUGUGUAGGUCAGCGGCCGUUGUGUCACAAAGUAAAUCUACCGAGUUGUGUAGCUCGGCAGCUGUUGUGUCACAAAGUAAAUCUACUGAAAUGUGAAGCUCGGCGGCGCCAUUUGAUCAUGACUUGUGAUAUUUUCGGCACCGGACAAACAAACACUUUAACUCUUAUGUUAUUUAUUAGGAAAAACUCACCCACAGUAGCGCCACUCUCGAGUCACUGAAAUCAACAUGCUCAACCAAAUUACUGGAAAAGUUAUUGACGUGAGCCGCACACACGUUCCAUUGAAGGCUUUGACAGGGUUAGUGCGAAGUUUGAAUUCAGAUGUGAAAGCUUUUAAAACAGUAAAUUCAAUGGUAAUUCAUUUUGUCAACAAGUUGCUGAUUGGAUGCUCUUAAAAAUAACAGAGAAAAUUAUCCGAAGAAAUGUUUUGAAGAAAGAAAAAGAAUCCCAGGUUAAACACUGAUCGGCCUUUGAGCAACUGCACCCUGUAACUCGUGCCAGUAAAACAAAAUGUUCCGUUUACACGUCCGACGCAUUCUGGCCAAUGUCUCCUCCAAUUACAAGCACUUGACACCGAACCAUACGAUAUCUUUUGAAAACGUUCUUAUAAUGAUACACAGUUUAAAUAGAGGUUUCGCUGUAUAUCAGAACCACCCUUCCGCCUCAACCGCUACCUUUACGCCUAACAAACAUAUCGAACGCACUCUCCUAAGCUCCGAUUACUUCUAGUUGUAAUGUUAUGUUAUGUUAUGCAGUAAGCAAAAGAUAGGAUACAUUGCUUGACAAGCUGGGGAUUACCAUUAAUACGUGUUUGCUGCAGAAAACAGCUUUGUUGGGAACAGCAAGAAUCUUAAGGAAGGUAUUGGAAAGUUGAUUGAUGGGAAUUAACCCAAGGGACCUUUGGCCAUUGGCUAUGGCUCUCCUUGGUGUAGUGUUGGAGCAAAUCCACUAGAGCUGAAACAUAAUAAUAUUGGCUUUAUUUUAGCAUAUCCAGUGACUUUUCAUCUACAUUAGAUGUUAACAUGUACUUAUAGGGACAUCCUCUUUUUUCUGCAUUUAGCGUCAUUUCACCAACCCAGAUUUUUGGCUUUUUUCUUUCCAAAAAUAGGAACGACGUAGUAAAAUCUUUUUUGAUUUUAAUCAAUCCUUUUAAUCUGAACAAUGAGCAUUAUGUUGUUCAUUAUUUCCAGGCAUAGAAGUUUCGGUGGUGUAUCGUGUUUGCUUUUUACUAUGACAUCGACCAUCAUAUUUUCUGCUUUAUUGAGUUUGUGUUGAUUUGUUGACCAUGUCUUGUUGUUUCAAGGCUCCAUGGCAUUGAUGCUGGGGUUUCGGGCCUCCUUUUCUCAGACUUCUUGUGAUUUGUUUUUAUGUUUUUCAAGAAACACAUUCAAUGUUUUAAAUGAAAAAAGGGGAAUUGGCCUAAACUGUUUUCUCCCUAAAUUUUAGCUCAGCAGGUAAUGGACCAUUCCUAUCCUGUAAGGCAAAAAAUAUGUGCCAGAGGUGCACUUUCCUGUGGGGAGGGGGAGGAGUGGGGUGAGGGACAUGACCCUGCCCUCCCUGAGAAAGGUUUAGGAGUUAUCCCAUUCCCUCAUUUUAAGACCUAUUUCAGGCAAAUUAGCCAUUGUAAGCUAUCAGUCUUCAGAUCAGGGGUUAAUUACUUUUUAAAUAGCCACAAGGCUUAAAGACCUCUUCUUAUAAUAUGAAGUCAGCAGUAUAUACUUUUCCCCUUCAAACUUACAGUUUAAGUCUUUAGACAACAAUUUAAACGUUUGAUUCCAAUAACUUUACUCUGCUUUAGAAAUGUUCUCUUUCCAUAAUGCCUAACUUUGGGGUGGCCUAUAUGAGGAAUUGUUUAAAAGCCAGCUGUCUCCCUGUCAUAAUCCACGUUUUAUUGACAUUUGGAGUUACCAUGGCAACUUAAUGAUGCCAUUACGGUUUUUACUUGCCUUUGUAUUUCUGGGUACCAGGAGUUUUCUUUUACCUGCCUUAGUUAGUUACCUCGAUUAUGGCAAAGUCUGAACAAAUUUUUUCAGAGCAUUUUGGAAAUAUUUUGAAACAAAGUUUUAAGGCUCAUAAAAAUAGUGAAUAAUUAUGCUAUUGUAUCUAAUGCCCUAAAGACCAAUUUAGCUGUUGAUCAACUCCCCUAGGAAUCCCACGUGCACCAAGCCCUUAUUUGCAUUUUUUGUUUUUAACUUAAUUCACCUUCUAGCAUUUUCAGUUCAGCUUUUAUUUCAACGUUUCUUCAAGAGCACUAAGUAGUAGUUUCCUGUCAGGAGUAUCUCUUUUGCGGUCAGAAUUUUUGUGCCAAAACAAUGAAAGUACGUUGUCCAUUUGUUUGCUGUAUUUAAUCUUUUGCGCUCGCAGUAUUUUCACCUUGUAUUUCACAGCCGGCCAAAACCGCGGGCUAGUUAGCCAUCCUUAGGCGGCUACUUUCAUCUCCUUCUACCAUAACUGCUAACAAAAAAUGAGCAACAUUGAAUAACAUUGUAAAGCAUCCGUGUUCCAGUUUUUUAAAUGACAUUGAAUGCACAUUUAAACAGGUUUAGAUCUGUGAAACAUUCUAACCGUGCGAUGUUGUGGAAUGUCUGCGACAUUUUGAUGGAAUUGUUCCCAGUGUUGCGAGUAUUCUGAAGAAACAACGUAGCAUCCACAGUCGAAAAUACCUCUUGAAAACCCCUGGAAAUGCCAUUUCUGAGACUCAAAAUAUCCCUAGAUGCCUCGGCCCUCAGAAAACUUGUGCCUUUGGUGCGAGUUCCAAAGGCGCCUACUAUUCAUUAUCAGCCUGCUACUUAAAAACUUUUUGACAGCCCUGAUUUCAGUUUAAACCACAACACAACAAAUUCGACAAAUUACGGUACAUCAGACCUAAUGUCAGUCGAGUCUUUGGGGUCAAUAGUCUACCAUCUUGCUUAUUGCUGUAAACCUCCAGGACUCAAAUCAGAAUCAAGUUGUGUCUAUUGUUAGUGCUGGUCGGUAAAAGAAGUCGCCUUAUGGCAGCUGUAUCAUCCUCGGAGACCCAGGGGCAGUCAGUCAGGUUGGCAGAAAUGGCAGGACGAAAGUUUUCAAGUACGGGUGAAAGAGGUCCUGGGUACCAACUCUCAUGGAACUAUUUUCAAAAAUUCAAGCGGAUGUCGGCUCCUGAUUGGGCACAAAAAAUGCUUUGUAUUAUUGUGCCCAAUCGGCGAACAGCUUCUCCUGGGUUCUUUUCAUGAGUUUGUACACGACGCCUAUUGUCUUGCCACACUUGCCCGGUUCGUUCACGAAGCCUGUGCGUGCAAGGGAAACUUUUAUUUUCUACUUUCCUAACCAGAAAUGACAGAACUACCGAUGAGUCGAAAAAACGUUUGGGGAUGCUAUCAGCAGGAGCAAUUCAAUUUGCCCCGAGAAAAUUUUAUUUUUGACUCAUCACAAUAUAUUGUGAAUAAUAGGAAGUUUAAGAUGCAGCAGCGAUGACAAAGUCAAAGAAGCAAUAGCUUGACAAGGCAAAAAAAAAACUUUACACGUGCAUCACACUUUUUUGUACAUUUCUUUGCCGUCAACUGCACGACUACUCGUGAAAAUGCCCAAUCAGUCACAUUUUAUGAAGGACGUAAACAAGCAAAUGACAAAAUUCAUUCUGUUCAUGAACUUGAAUGAAUAUGGUUGAUAGAAAUUCAGCUCCAGAAGAGUUUGCUUGCAUUUGACAAAGUAAGCGAGUCGGAAUAAUCACAAUAGAAACUGAAAAAAUGUGGAUUCCCUUUUCCAUGCAACGAUUUCGUGGUUGUCAGUCGUCGUGGUAUCUUUUAAAAACUCCCUAAUAUUUACGCAAAGACGUGACAGAUGGAAGCGUGAAUACCUGUUGUAAGCUCAAGCUUGUAUUUUUGGAAAAGCGUCUUUAGUUUUCGGGCAGACAGUAUUUUGAAAUCAGAUGGGGGUUUCGAAAGUUUCCUGACUGCGUGCAUUUCUUUGGUGCAUGAGCCAGUCAAGCCGUGAUUGAGACAACAGCCGUCGUAUAUGAACUCACAAAAAGAACUCAGGAGAAACUGUUCGCUGAUUGGGCACCGUAAUACAAAGCAUUUUUUGUGCCCAAUCAGGAGCCGGCAUCCGCUUGAAUUUUUGGAAAUAGCUCGGUGGGAAUCGGUACCCAGGGGCUCUUUCACCCAUACUUGAAAACAUUUGUCCCGCCCUUCCUCCCAACCUGACUGACUGCCCCUGGGUCUCCGAGGAUGCAGCUGUAUAUGCUAUCGACAUAAUUGGCUAAUAUCUAAAGAAAACAUUUUUAAAACCAGAAUUCGUAAAAAUGAUCGAAGCUCAAUGACAGAUGAUGGAUGUAAGGGCUGUUCUCUCUGCUCAUCAUGAUCAUUUAAUUUUACAAAUCUCCUCAUUCUUUUAGGGAAUACAGUUGACUCCUGAUAACUCAAACCCUCGCUAACUCAAACCUCCCGCUAACUCAAACCAAAAUGGAUUUCCCCUGGAUUUCUGUUGUUCAUUUGCUGUAAUUUUACACUUGGUAACUCGAACCCUCAAUAACUCGAACCUCCCGCUAACUUGAAGUAGUUUUUGUUUCCCCUCAGAUCAUUUCUAUAUAAUUUUACCCUUGAGAACUCGAACCAUGUUUUGAGCUCUUAAAAAGUCGGGAAAAAACAGUGUACUGGCGUCUGAAACAUUGAAUUUUGAAUUUCCCAUUAAUGUGUUGUAGAGUAUAGUUUACUAGUGGAGGCUGAUGUUGAUGUCACAAAUCGAACAUAAAACGGCUUUACCCAUACUUCUCAAAACAGUAAAAUGCAUGCUCCAUUUAGGUUAUGUUUUGUUAGGUUAUGUUCUGAUUUAUAAACUAGAAGUAUCUUUCCAUUUUCACUUAACAUUUCUACAAUUAAAUGUGAUUCAAAAGUUCACUGUUCAGUAAAAACUGUUUUUUUUCCUUGCUCUGGGCUAUUUUCUUUGAGAUCUUGUUUGCAAAGUUAGGGGGGCUGUGAGGGGGCAAUUGAGUGGUUUGAAAGUAAAAUAAUGUUUGAACUACGUACACCAGGGGCUAAAGUUUUUCAUUUUGCUGAACUCUCUUGUUAUAAAGGAGUGAGUGAGGGAAGAGUUUACAUGAUAACUUACUUUUGUCUCUUGCUGUAAAGAAACCAUUUAAUUAAAGAUUGUUAUACCUGCUCCAAAUCAAGGAAUUUAAUUGGUGGGUUAUACUUCUUUUAUAGGUUGUCAACAAAGAAAACGCAACAAUUGAUUUUAUAAUGUUUUAAUCUUUUCUGUUGAGACUGAAGUCUGGCAGGUGAUCUAUCAAAACCACCUCAUCAGUCUGGGCCAUAUGGAGUCAUAUUAAAUUGGUGGAGUUGGUUUGUGCUUAGGUGCAAAUGUAACUUGACCUGAUGUUUUAGUGAAUAGGGAAGGAGGGAGACUUGUUGAAGAGAGUGAGAGGCCGAGCGCAAUGCCUCCGAUUCAAAUAGUUACUAAUAAUGAAUUGUAUUAAAAAUGACAACUUUCAGACUGAAUAACUCAGCCAGUUUGACUUGUGGAGAAUCUGAACUUGAAUAUUUUAGUUUCCUUCUUUUCACUUUUAAAAUAACUUUGCAGCUUUUUGAAGGUUUAGGUCAAGUAAAAAAAUUAUCAGACUUGAAACAUACGUAAGCCUUGUCUGGCAGUCCAAUCAGGAAUUGAUUAUUCCAAGAUACCUUUAGUUUAUGCUCAGGCUUGAGGUAUUGACCCUGAAAAAACUGUAUCGAGUCACCUUACAGUGUUAUUUCCAGGGUUUUUAUUAACUCUUUUUAUUUAAAAUAAAACAAUGGAAGUUCUCAUAUCAACAAACAUAUGUCAGUUUAGGUGUAGACUGAAUAUAGGUUUCUAUUUUUCCCCAGCACCAUGGAUCCGACACAAUAAGGAAGUUUUGUGACUACAGACUGUGGCUGCACACUGGUGGUGAAAUGUCAUAAUAAGGGAAGCUGCUGCAUUCAAGGACCUGUUGAAAAGUUGUCAUGGCUUCAUAGUAGUAAUUUUAUAACAAAGCAACGAAUAUAUUUACCUGUCAGAGUCAAUUCUCUUUUCUCUGCAGGUAUAUUUAAGAAAUAUUUUUAAAUAACCAUUUCAGGUCGUUCUUUCAACUUUAGAGAGACUUGUUAUUUUGACAAUGAUUAUUUGGUUUGCCUGUCCACAUUAGUUUACUGAAAUUUUAUGUCAGUCGAGUGACAGCAAGAGUUGGAUCAAGAAUGAAAGUGAUGUCAUUUUUUCAGAGGAUUUGACUUAAGUGUAUGAAUGCUUUAUUUAAAAUUUCCAGAAAUUCAAAUUUUCAAACCCUGUGCUAAGUUAGCAGCAUUCAUACAGGUUUGUACAAUUAUCUUGAAAAGGUCUUGAAUUUUAGUAAUCAUCUUAAAAUGUUCUUGAAUUCACUUAAGGUCCUUGAAAAGUACUGGAUUCCUUUGUCAGGUCUUGAAAAGUCCUCAAAAUUCAAAACCUUGUCUACACCACACUGUUUUCUGUGAAACAGAGGAUAUUACAUGGCUGCGUGGAGAUACGAAAUUCCUCUUCGAUUGUUGAAAAAUAUUUCACGAGUGAGCGCAGCAAACGAGUGAAAUAUUUUUUCAACACGAGAAGAGAAAUUUUGUAUCUCCAAGGUGCCAUGUAAUGUUCUAUUUUAUUAUAUAAACACCAAUGAACUACCAAACCAUUUCACAUGACUUUAAUAGUUUUUUGGUGUGAAAGGCGCGAUUUAUAAUGUAGUCAUAGCAACAGUGAUAUUUUCAUGUGUGAAGAUCACGUGUUAUUUUCACAUGUGAAGAUAUCAAAUUUUCACGCGAAGCUCACCUGGUAUUUCAUUGGUGUUUAUAUAAUAAAUUAGAUUAUUUCGCGGAGGAAAAAUUAAAUUUAGCUAGUUCUUGGUGUAAGAACCUGUAAAAGUCACGGGUAAUCUAAAUGUUAAAAUAUUUUUGUGCAUGAACAACAGAAGGUUUUAUUUCUGUUUCUUUAUUUCAAAUGCUAUUAAAUUUCUGUACCUCAGAUGCAACUUCAAGUCAUAUCCAUGCAGUCAUUUUGCAAAGUGUUGUCAUGGAAAGACAUGGCUGAAGAAGUAAAAAUCGUAAAUGACUCCAUAGUUCAAGAGGGAGAUAAAGAAUGCUGA